UAGUAUAUAUUGUGUGGCAGCAGCAAAUAUUUUUGCCACGUUGACAAAAAUUUGUUCCCGCUAGCAAAAUUGUAUAAUAUAUUUGUUGAAUAAUAUCAAAAUAUUGGAUUUUAAAAUUUGUAGAAAUAUAAAAGACUGUUUUGAUUUUUUCACACGUUGAAUUUUGCAGACGUCAAGAAAAUUACAUAAUAUAACUGUUGUAUAAUAUUAAAUGAAAAUUUUGUUUUUUCACUUAUAAAAGAAUGUUUUGAUUUAUUUUCCAUCGCAUUUAACAUAUAGACAAUUUAAAUUGUUAAUAUUUUGGAUAAAGAAGUUAAAAGUAAAACUGAAAAAAUAGAAGAUUAAAUGACUUCGCGUUGAGAGAAGAAAUUUUAUAAAACUUUUAAGUUUCAUUUGUAACAAAAAAUGAAUAAGAAUUGAAAAUAUAUUAAUUAACCCUAACCCUAGCGUAUAUUGUAAAAACUAUUAUUAUUAUUUAUUAAAACAAUCCAUACUCAAACAUUAAUUAAACCUUAUCCAUCUACCACUCUUAUCCCAACCAUAUAUCACGGAAUUAAUUACCCCUAAUUCAUUCCCUAAUUAGACUAUUGUUUUUAUUUCUCAUCCGGGUAUUUAAUUCCUCAAAAUAUUUGCAAAAUGUCACCCAUCAACACCAUGUUUAUAUUCAUCAUCAUUUGUUUCACAAUGUCAGCUGUUUCAUGCUCGCAUGAAUUGAGAGAUGUAUGCACAGUGGAGGGGGAUACUCUCCAUUGCAGAUGGACUGGAGCAGGGCUCUACAACACCAGAAUCCGACUAGAUGUAAAGAAAGUCGUAUUCGAAAGAUUUUUUGUUGCCGGACAAUUGGACCUUGCAAAUAAUAGAGACCUGCAUUCAAUUGAGAUCAAACAAGGAAAUUCUAAAUGCAGCAAUGUUUUAGCAGCACCAGAAACAAUAACAAUUGUUAAUGGUAUACAUUGUGAUAAUGGAGUCAUAGCUUCUACAACAACAACAGCAGCAACAAGAGUAACACCAGGAUCCACAUUGUCAAUCGGCACCACUGAUAAACAACUGAAGUCAACACCACAUGCACAGGAGGAAGACAAGGGUCUAGAUAAUAUUAAGAUCAUUCUUAUAAUGAUUUUUGCAUCUCUAGCAUGUGUUAUGCUCUUGUCGCUGAUGUUAUUUUGCAUCUGCAAAAAGAAGAGAACUGCAAAAACCAAUUUCCGCCAACACCAAUUCUCCUUCAAUGUCGAUGCAGAUUCACUAUCCGAAAUAGAAAUUGCAGAUUUUGUUAAUACACCAAAAAAAACUGUUUAAGUUAAUAUCUAUCUCUGUAUUUACUACUUUUUAAUUUGUAGAAUAUAUCCUCAUCGCAAUUUAUGAAAGGCUUCAAGAAAUUAUAAAUUAUUUUUUUCCACCACGUGAAAAUAACAGACGAGUAGCCCCAGCACAACAACAACCACCAAGAAUAUUGAGAAGAUCAAACAGGAUAUCUAUUCGGCCACAGAGACUAACCUAUGAUUAAUUUUCUAAACUUUUAAAUUUUAUGAAAUUUUUUAAAUUUUUUUUCUAAAUUUUAUAUUUUUUUUAUUUUUUUUUUUCUAAAUUUUAUAAUCUUUUUUCUAAAUUUUAUAAACUUAUUUAUACACUGUUAUCUAAAUUUUAAUAAUCACUGAUGAGGAUGUAUUCUACAAAUCUACUUAUAUUAUGAAAAAUUAUAUCACCAAAACUUUUCAAUUUUCUUUCAUUUGAUUUAUUUGGAUUAGUUACACUUUAUUUUAAUUAAAGAAAAGAUUUUGAUUAUACUCGCAUUUCUCUACUCUCAUUUUAUUAUAUUGUAAAUAGUAGUAUACAUGUAGUUUGUUUUUAUAAAUUCACCUUAGUUUAUAUGUUUCAUGCUCAUUCAAACCAUAAAUUUCAUUAUAAAUCUAUUCUUUUCAUUAAAUAAUCUACUUUCUCUGGUAUUAAAGUUCAUUAUUAAUCUAUUCCUUUCAUUAAAUUAUUCUUUUUAGUUUUCCAUUUACAUAUGUUUAGUUUUGUAAUAGAAAUAAAUUAAAUUAAAAAACAAAUAUGAUUGGUAUUAUUGUAUAUAUGUAAAUAAUAUAUAUAUGUAUAUAAUGUUUGGAGAACUUUUUGUUUUUAUGUUUACUUUAUCAUCAUUUUCAUCUUUGGAAUUUUUUCAUAUGAGAAUUUACAGCAUCCAAAUUUAAUUACAACAUAUUAUCGCAUAUUUUAUCAUAUUGUGUUUGCUUAAACUUUUUUUCUUUUGUUUUUAUUACUUUUUAUAGUGCUAUAUGAUUAAGUUAAACCUAGAGAUAAAUAUAUAAAAAUUCUUGAUUUGUAACCGCUGUCAUGGUGCUUUCUAUAACAUGUUUUAUGUGAAAAAAAUGGUGCAUUACAAAUGAUGUAAGUUUUUUAUAACCAAAUUUCAUUUGAUAGUUCUCUUGUUUAUAUUAUUUACAAUUGUUAUAUAAAUAGUGCAGAAAACUUGAUUUGUUUUGAAACUUACUAUGUUGUUUCAUGGAAUAAAGUAUUUGUAUUUGA